UCACACCACCUGCAGGUCUCACCAUUGUCCGUUCUUGCUGCAUCUUACGCGCGUGUCGAACAUGGCCAGGCUGCUGCUCGCGUUUCUCUACUUCACUCACGCUGCCACUCUGCUCACAGUCGCGCAGCAGCUCCUGAACAGCAGAACAAUCACAUCAUCUCGGGGUAGGAAUAUUUGCUAUGAUCGCUACACUGGCGUUCCCCGAUGCUGCGACGGCUACACGAGUGCCGGAGGCGGGACGUGGAACUGUGACAACCCUUUGUGCAGACGAGGAUGUGGAGAUGGCCGUUGUAUCAGUCCGAAUCUCUGCGCGUGCCCGGACGGUAGACGGGCAUCAACGUGUCCUGAGACACCGUCUUGUACGAACGGGUGUCAGAAUGGAGGCACGUGUAUUGGCAGGAAUCGGUGCCGAUGCCUUGCUGCGUUCGGAGGAAAUUUGUGUCAAACGGACAAUUGCCCAAACGGUUGUUUGAAUGGUGGCCGUUGCGUUGGCAGAAAUCAGUGUUUGUGUCCGCAGUCGGUGACAGGAGUAAGAUGUGAGACAGAUAACCGACUCGGUCCUUGUUAUCGCGAGAUUCGAGCCGGAUCGGGCAAUCAGAAGUUGUGCAUCAAUGUUGUCCCGGAUGUAUUCUGCUCGAGAUGUCUGUGUUGUCAGACGGUCGGUGUUGCGUGGGGCAGACCAUGUCAGAAGUGCCCGCAAGUGGACGCAGAGAAGGGACGUUGCGUGCGGUUUUCACCGACGAAUGACACGUACAUGGAUUCGGCUACCUUACAACAUGGAGACCGACACUUGCUUAUAGUCGGUAAUUCGUCCCUGCCCGGUGAGCGCAAGCGCACGCUUCUCAAGUACAAUGUGAGCUCAAUCACGAGGUGUAGUCUGAUUCGCGAGGUCCACCUGCUCACGCCGGUAAACAGCACGAAGAGUCUGAGACAGGCUAAUAACAUAACUGCGCACGCGGUGCGAAGUGACUGGCAAGAGAGUGCCGUGUCGUCUCGACACCGUACGUCAACGGAUGAUUGGGUGGAGGCUUUUCUUGGUCCAGCCAAUCAGCCACCGAACGGUGUGGACGCGAAAGAACGCGCGGAGGGUUCCGAAGAGGUGACGGAAAUUAGCGUCUCGAGGAGUUACACACCCAAAAUCAAAAUACAGACGCAGACUGUGUGUAACUGGAUAGCUAAUCCGCGGUCUGGCAACAAAGGUUUGCUGCUUCGUGCCAACUGCGAGAACAGCAGCUGUGGUGAGAUUCGCUUCAAUUCGAGAGAAUCGGGACUUUCAGCUCCGUUACUCGAAGUUUGUCUUAUCAACGAGGGCUGGAAAGAUAAUGAUUGCUUUAUUCACAUCUGUCCGAGAGGAACUCGAUUGGAUGCAAACGGACGAUUUUGUGAAGGCAUCGAUGUGUGCCUCAGAAUGCCGAACAUUUGUGGGAAGGGUAGAGGCAAGUGUAUCAACACCGAUGGCUCGUACGAGUGCGAGUGCGUCCGCGGAUUUACGAAAGACGAAACGGGAGCGUGCGCACCUCCUGAGCUCGGCUACUGUUACCGUCAGAUUACACAGCACAGAUGCAGUCAAGUGCUGUCAACGCGCGUUAGCAAGGCGUUGUGUUGCAACCUGGUCGGAGAGGGAUGGGGCAUGGAGACCUGCUCACACAUACAUGAAUGCGUCGAGGGUGACCGAGGAGACGGUAAAUGCUCGAAGGGAUUCUUCUUGAAUUCUCUUGACAAUUGCGAAGAUAUUAAUGAAUGUGAAAUUUUUCCAACAAUUUGUCAACCGUACGGUGUCUGUCUCAACACACACGGCGGAUACAGAUGUCACUGCAAUGUCCGGGGAUUCAAGCCAGACAGCACCGGCACUAGAUGCGUCGAUACUCGUCCGGGACAGUGCUGGGGUAGAGUGCACAAUGGUCGAUGUGAGUUGGCUCUUGGAACGACGUCUCUUGCGCAGUGCUGCUGCUCUGUUGGUAAGAGCUGGGGAAAUCCGUGUCAACUGUGUCCCGCGCAAGACACUGCAGAGUUUGACACGCUGUGCUUUGGCGGAAUUGGAUUUAUUGGCUUAGUAGGAGAACGAGAUAUCAACGAGUGCCACGAAGUUCCCGGCAUGUGCCGACACGGAUACUGUGUGAACACAAUCGGCAGUUACAAAUGCUAUUGUCCGGACGGAUAUACAAUGGAUGUAACUGGAACAGCAUGCGUCGACAAAAACGAAUGUGCGGAGAACCGUCAGCUGUGCGGACGAUUCGGUCGCUGUGUGAAUAGGCUGGGAACCUACGAGUGCCACUGCUCGAAAGGAUACCGCAAACUGUCGUACCACACUUGCGUUGAUAUUGACGAAUGCCGACUGCGCAUACACAAUUGUCGCGACAAGUGCGUCAACGUUCCGGGCGGGUUUAGGUGCGAGUGUGCGCGAGGAUUUUUCCUAAUGCCGGAUGGACUUCAGUGUCGAGACGUGAACGAAUGUGUGAAGAGAGGAACUUGCGAUAACGGUCAGUGCUAUAACACGCCCGGCAGCUUUGUCUGCCGAUGCAAUGAUGGUUACAGACUUACUUCGAAUCGCCAGUCGUGCAAGGAUAUAAACGAGUGCAUCGAAUUGCCCUCUCUGUGUAAGCCUAGAGGCACUUGUAAGAACACACCGGGCAGUUACAAAUGUUUAUGCGAUGAUGGAUAUGAGUGGAAGGCAAAUAUCAGGAAGUGUCAAGACAAGGACGAGUGCGCUCUCGGGUUUUGUAGGAAUGGAAAAUGCGUAAACUAUUUCGGAAGCUUCGAGUGCACGUGCCCGCAUGAGGGUUAUGCUCUCAACUUCGAUCGAACGCAUUGCGAAGAUGUAGACGAAUGCAUAGAAGACUCGGACCUGUGUCGUGGAGGAACGUGCAUAAACAUCAACGGCUCUUACGACUGCUCUUGCCCUGAGGGCUUCACCGUGUUUAACGACGUCUGCAUAGACAUCGACGAAUGCUCUAUCCCUGGAUUUUGCCAGGGCGGCAGGUGUAUCAACCAAGUCGGCAACUACACUUGCACUUGUCCGCCCGGCCACGACUUCAACGAGAACUCGUCUGUGUGCAUUGACAUGCGCAAGGAUCUCUGCUACCUGAUGGAGCUCGAUAUCGGUUCGACAAUCGAAACCGGAUCCGGCGACGACAAGUUGGAAAUAUUGGAGAGAUGCCAACUGGCCAUAAACGCGACGAUGCGACGCGGCGAAUGCUGCUGCAGUCUUGGCGUCGCGUGGGGCCGUGACUGCAACAGCUGUCCCCAGAACGGCACCGGCGAAUUUCGCGCUCUCUGUGGACGCGACCGGCCCGGUCAGACGCAGGACAUCGUUUCCGGUGUGUUUGAAGAUAUCAAUGAGUGUGUCAUUCUUCCCGGGGUUUGUCGCAACGGCUACUGCGUCAACACGUUCGGCAGUUACCGUUGCUUUUGCGAUCCUGGCUACGAGAUAGACGAGUUUGGCUAUCAGUGUGUCGAUCGCAAUGAGUGUGACAUAUUGGAGGUAUGCGGAGAGGGCGUGUGCGUCAACGCUCCCGGAUCGUUCAACUGCACAUGCCCCGAUGGGUACCUUCUCGACGAGAGCGGGACUUUCUGUUUCGAAAUUCGCGAGGCGAAUUGUCAUCUCAGAGUGCAGAACAUUAACGAAACGUGUUCGGAGACUUUGGCCGGGUAUUACACGAGGACACAGUGUUGCUGUUCGGCUGCUGCACCUCAGGGAUAUGGCACAGGCUUCUGUUCGGCGUGUCCACGUAAUGGUACAGAUGAGUAUCGGCGUCUCUGCGCAAGAGGGCCCGGCAUUGGAUGUACAGCCGCCGACAAUUGCAUCGACAUCAACGAGUGUGCGCAAGAGCCUAGUCCUUGUAUCGGCGGUGUUUGUAUCAAUACACAGAGCUCGUUUCGCUGUGUUUGCGGAACUGGCUACGAAUUAGACGCCAGCGGACUCCGCUGUGUAGACAUAGACGAGUGUGAGGCAAAUCCGUGUAACGCCAAUGCGGAUUGUGUCAAUAUGGAUGGAGCAUAUCGAUGUUAUUGUCCGACCGGAUUUGAAGAGUCAGCAGACGGCAAAUAUUGUAUUGAUGUAGACGAAUGUGCGCUACCUCUUACUUGCUCGAAUGGCACCUGUCACAACCAAGUGGGAACGUACUACUGCACGUGUGACGUCGGAUUCCAGCUGAGCUACACUCGUCGACGUUGCGACGACAUCGACGAGUGCGUCGGAGGUCGUCACAGUUGCCCAGGCGUGUGUACGAACACGGUCGGCAGUUACGUGUGCGUCUGCCUCGAAGGCACGAGAGCAUCUAGUGAUGGCACACAAUGCGAAGAUAUCGACGAGUGUGCCGAGACGAGAAGAAUCUGCGGCAACGGCAACUGCGCGAACGUUUACGGCACGUUUCACUGCUAUUGUCCGGCGGGAUACGAACUGGACAAGACGGGCCGCAACUGCCAAAAUGUGGACGAGUGCACGACCGGCAGCCACGACUGUCGCUACAGCUGCACAGACAACAGCGGCAGUUACGUGUGCGGAUGUCCGGAAGGCUACAGUCUUUCUGGAGACAACUGCCUGGAUAUCAAUGAGUGUUACCGCGAUCCCGGUGCGUGUGGAGACAACAGCGUUUGUGUCAAUUCGCCGGGUAGUUUCUACUGCGCAUGUCUGCGGGGAUACCAGGUCUCGGCCAGUGGCGACGAAUGCGUGGACGUGGACGAGUGUCUCAACGUAUCGUCGUGCGGCGUGAACGGUGUAUGCGAGAACAGACGAGGUUCCUAUCGUUGCUCUUGCCGAAGCGGCUGGGAUCUCUACAAAAACAUUUGCUAUGACCGAAAUUGUACGAGGAAUACGAGAUUGUGUCCGACCAUUGUUGGUCAGUGUGUCAAUCACAUUUGUCGAUGUCAAACGGGAUUUCGAUACGAUAGAGUGACGGGCGCUUGUCUUGAUAUUAAUGAGUGCAUGGAGACUGAUAUUCCGUGCCCUGGCGCUUGUCAGAACACGGCUGGUUCGUAUCGAUGUCCGUGUCCGCCUGGAAUGGUCCUCAGUGGCAACACUUGUCUCGACCAACCAGUUACUCCGUGCGUGCCGGGCGAUUGUAUCUACGACUGUCUUAUCAACCCCGAUUCGGUUCCUCUCGGCGGAAUAUGCGGCUGCAAAAUCAACGAAAUACCAGAAAAGCACAGAAACUACACUCUCUGUGUCCAGACUGCAUGUUUGACUGGCAAUUGUACGAGACGGCGUCGCAGCGUUUCGGACGAGUUGGAUGAGCACGAGGUAUUCGUGCGCGGCAAUCAACCGGCCGGUAGCUGUGUAAUGUCGUUCGAGCCCGCUCUGAAGCAGCAACACGGAAAAAUCGAUGUACAGAUUGUAGAUGAAUUCUCUCCGGAAACGUUUUACUUGAAGGAAAAGAUGGGCGUUUGGUCGGUGUGUCUCCGCGACGGUUUGAAAUCGGGAAGCGUUCACGACGUUCAUCUCCACGGAUUCUAUUUAGAUCAACAGGCGGCGUAUGUACGGGAAGAGAAGGGUGAAAAGGCGGUUGGACAAAUGAUGAACAUGAAAAUUCACGUUCUGUCUUGAAUUGAGUGCAUUUGUAUGAAGUAGUUGAGACGCGCUUGAUUUGGGCUUGUGCAUGCGUGGUGAGGUAGAGGGCAAGACUUUAAAUUGUAGGGGAAGUCUGUAUGAUGCACGGUAGGGUAUAGAGAGUUUGCUAGACACGUCGACACAUAAGCAUUGGUACAAGUUGAACAUGAUUGCUACUAAUAAAGCAUGAAAGUCAGUGAUGCA